AUGCAUGGAUGUGGUGGUUACGGUUAUGGUUAUGGAUACGGUUAUGGGAAUUACGGUGCAAUUGGUGGUUAUGGAGGUUACGGUGGCAUCGGUGGCUAUGGUUUAUCUGGUAUGGGAAUGGGCGGUUAUGGUAUGGGUUGCUGCGGAAUUGGCAGCUUCUAUGGAUGA